CUCUCAGGAGGAGAAAACUCCAGAACAUAGACGAGUGAGUACACAUAGAGAGCAAGAUACCGCACAGAGAGACAUGCACUCUGUAACAAUGUUGAACUCUACACCCCGGCUGCUACUUUGCUGCAUUUUGUUUUCAUACACAUCUGCAGAUACAAUUCCAUCUAAACAAAAACUAAACAAUUCUGAAACUUUGCUGAUAUCCUCAAUACAAGAGAGUCUGCAGAAGGUCAACAGUGCAUUACAUCAGACAGCAAUGGGGAAUCACUCUCAGCCAUCCUACAUGCAGAUGUUUGCUUUGUCCAGGCAAGCAGCAGCAGGAAGUUAUGAAAUAUCAAAUGCAGCAGAGGUCUUUCAAACCACUCUGCAACUUGUAAAGAAAAAGGAAAGUAGGAGGUGGAAAAGAUCAGUCUCUGCUUUAGAGCUUCUCUCCCUGGAGGAAGUCGAGCUGAUAGCAAACCUGUCUGGAUGUCCUCCACCCCUACUGCCAGCCAGCUGUCCCACAGGAGGAGAUUCGGAGAAAUACCGCACCAUCUCUGGAGUGUGCAAUAACAGAAAUAAACCUCUUUGGGGAGCAGCCAGCACGGCCUUGGCCAGAUGGCUCCCAGCAGAGUAUGAGGAUGGAGAAAGCCAACCAAAAGGCUGGAACAUUGGGCACCAGUACAGAGGCUUCCAUCUUCCCCCUGUUCGGGAAGUCAGCAACAAAAUUAUGCAAAUCUCCAGCGAGUGCCGCUUAGAAGAUGAGGUGUAUUCCCAGAUGCUUGUGGACUGGGGUCAGUAUAUAGACCAUGACAUCUCCUUCACUCCUCAAAGCACAAGCAAAGCUGCCUUUUUGGAGGGAAUCAACUGCCUACACAUGUGUGGAAAUUCCAAUCCUUGCUUUCCAAUUCAGAUUCCUCUGCAUGAUAAACUAUUUGGAAGUAAGAGCUGUCUCCCAUUUUUCCGCUCUGCACCAGCCUGCCUGAAUGGCCCGAUACACACUCUGCACCCACAACAGAUGCUGCAGAGACAGCAGAUGAAUUCAAUCACUUCCUUCCUCGAUGCUUCUACCGUAUAUGGACACUCUAUAGAAUUACACAAAAUGCUCAGGAACUUCUCAAGCUCUGAGGGCUUGCUCGCAGUUAACAGUGAGCACACUGAUACUGCAGGUCGUACUUACCUGCCAUUUGUCAAUAACCCCAUGUCUGCAUGCUUCCAAGAGCCAGGUACAGGGCCGAGUAAACGCCUGGAGUGUUUUCUCGCAGGAGAUAGCAGGGUGAACGAGAUUCUGCCUCUGAUUGCUCUUCACACACUUUGGGUGAGAGAGCACAAUCGCAUUGCCACACGACUGGCACAACUGAACACCCAUUGGAGUGCCAAUACGAUCUUUCAGGAGAGCCGGAAAAUUGUCGGAGCUUUGCAUCAGAUCAUCACCAUGAGGGAUUAUAUUCCAAAAAUCAUAGGAGAAGAAGCGUUUGAUCAAAUCACUGGACCUUAUGAGGGUUAUGAUGAUGCAAUAAAUCCUUCAGUCUCAAAUGUUUUUGCCACCGCCGCAUUCCGCUUCGGCCAUGCCACCGUCUCAACACGUAUCAACAGACUGAACGAAAGCUUCCAGGAGCAUGAAUACUUUCCUUCCUUAAAACUGCAUCAAACCUUCUUCAGUCCAUGGCGAAUAAUCAGAGAAGGAGGAUUGGAUCCAAUAUUACGAGGUCUCAUAAGCCGAGCAGCUGCCAGACAAAACCAACAUCAUCUGAUGAAUGAGGAGCUGACGGAGAAACUCAUGGUGCUCACUAUUCCAGAGGCACUUGAUCUGGCAGCUCUAAACCUCCAAAGAGGACGAGAUCAUGGCCUGCCAGGUUACAAUGACUGGAGGGUGUUUUGUGGAUAUGACAGAGUGCAAAGCAAAGGAGAUCUGAAGGGUGUGAUACAUGACAGGGCUUUGGUGGAAAAGAUAAUGGAUCUGUAUGGGCAUCCUGAUAAUAUUGAUGUGUGGCUGGCAGGUCUAGUAGAGGAUUCAAUGCCUGGCACGAGGACAGGCCCUCUAUUUGCAUGCUUGAUCGGAAAACAGAUGAAGAUGCUCAGAGAAGGUGACAGAUUCUGGUGGGAAAAGCCGGGUGUGUUUUCCCAGCAGCAGAGAAAAGAGCUACAAAGACACUCACUGUCUCGAGUCAUAUGUGACAACAGUGGGCUAACAGAGGUUCCCACUGAUCCCUUCAGUGCAGGAAAGUACCCUGAACACUUUCGCUCAUGUACCAAUAUACCUUCAAUGGACCUAGAUGUAUGGAAGGAGGACCCUGAAUAAGACAUAAAUGAUUUGGACAGCACAGAAAGGCAUGCAUGAUGGAGUUUAUCUGACUGUCCAAUGGUGUCAUCAUCAGCGUGAACUGAGGAUGCCUCAGCUGUGUUUACUCAGAGCUGCUGUCAGAGAAAGGACGUGCAACAACCCGAAGCAAAAACCAAAGCUAAAUCCUAGUUCAGUACAUGUAAAAUAUCUACAUGUGUGAUGCGCACUCAAAAAAACACUACUUUUGUACAAUAUACGGUGCCCUAGAAUUCAGCAGCUCAAUACAAACCUCUAUUAGAAAUGGAUGAAUUGUCUUCAUGAGUGACUGCUUUUCGUUCUCCCAUAUGGUCUAUGCCUGUAUGCACAAAUCUGCAGCAGAUGCACAGAGGUGCAGAAUAUUCUCACUUUUAUACUCAAAUGAUUGAACAUGCUCAAAUAGAUCAAACCAUCUAAAGACAAAAUGUUGCCUUUUCUCAUCUCUAGCUGAAAAUGAGCACAGAGAUAUUCAGAGAUGUACUGGCUACAUUUACAUCUUAAUCAUGAGACGAGCCUCUUUACAAUGCAAAGGCACAGGUGUGACAAACAGGCACAGCAUACAUAUAUACCAAAAGUGAUAUAUUGGCAUGGUUUUCUUUCGAAGAUUAUAGAAAACAAUUGAGGAAAAGCUUCAGGCACCUUCUUUUAAGAUCCUUUAAAUUGAGUGGUCUCUUGAAUUACAGGUGGGCUCAUUUUACUGUCUGAUACACUACAGUACUGCAGGCCUUUCACCUUCACACUUCUUGUAUGCUUUCAGAAGCUCCUUAAUUUAUUUAUACCUUAGCUAGUGAAAUUGAGGACUAUUAAAAGCAAGACAAGCAACAGAAAAAAUCUGUUCCAUGUUUUAGCCAUGUGCACAACAAAAUAAAUAACACACAUAAACCAAAAAAUUAACGAUUAAAGCAACAAAUCACUGAUUUCUUUGUACUUACGGCAAUUUAUUCUCAUGUCUCUUAUAAUGUACAGAUGGCAGAAAUAUUUACAUGACAUCAUAGUUCACAGUAUAUGCAGAAAAUACUAAACUUAAUGCCUAUGUGUAAAUAAGAAAAAGUUUGAAUUUAACUCCACAGAGAAUCAAUACAAUCAGAGGUAAAUGCAGUGUGAUCUGAAACUCAUUAUCCAAAUACUACUUAACAUUCUGCCCUGAUGAUAUGCAACGGAAUUUCACAGCCUACUAAAGAGCAAUGACAAAUACAUAGCACGUUUCCUUCAGCUGCUCGUAUUCAGUGUACCAUAUACAAUAAAAUGGUAGAAUGCAAACAUAAAACACUGUGCAGUGUACAGAUUGAAGUGUUGU